CGGCGGGAUCAUGGCGGCCAUCGGGGUGCACCUGGGCUGCACCUGCGCCUGCGUCGCCGUCUAUAAGGACGGCCGCGCCGACGUGGUGGCCAACGAUGCCGGGGACCGAGUCACCCCUGCUGUCGUCGCUUACUCGGAAAGCGAAGAGGUGGUGGGUUUGGCAGCCAAGCAAAGCAGAGUAAGGAAUAUCUUCAAUACGGUGGUGAAAGUCAAACAGAUCCUGGGGCGAAGCUCUGGUGACCCCCAAGCUGAAAAAUACAUUACAGAAAGCAAAUGCUCAGUGACUGAGAAGAAUGGAAAACUCCAGUAUGAAAUGGAUAACAAACUUGUUAGCCCUGAAGAAGUUGCAAAACUAAUUUUCAGUAAAAUGAAAGAAACUGCUCAGUCUGCUUUGGGUUCGGAUGUCAAUGAUGUUGUGAUCACUGUACCAUUUGACUUUGGAGAGAACCAGAAAAAUGCUCUUGGGGAAGCAGCUGGGGCAGCUGGCUUUAAUGUUAUGAGAUUAAUUCAUGAACCAUCUGCAGCUCUCCUAGCUUAUGGAAUUGGACAAGAUUCACCCACUGGGAAAAGUAAUGUGUUGGUUUACAAGCUUGGAGGAACAUCACUUUCUAUCACGGUCAUAGAAGUAAAUAGUGGAAUAUAUCGUGUUCUUGCCACAAACACAGAUGAUAGUAUAGGAGGUGUAUGUUUCACAGAAGCUUUAGCACAACAUCUAGCAUCUGAAUUUCAGAGGGGUUACAAACAUGACAUCAGAGAAAAUCCGAGAGCCAUGAUGAAGUUAAUGAACAGCGCUGAUAUUGCAAAGCACUCAUUGUCAACUCUGGGAAGUGCAAACUGUUUUGUAGACUCACUGUAUGAUGGUUUGGAUUUUGAUUGUAAUGUGUCCAGGGCCAGGUUUGAACUUAUUUGUUCUCCGCUUUUUAAUAAAUGCAUAGAAGCCAUUAAAAAACUUCUGCAACAAGUUGGGUUCACUGCAGAUGACAUUAAUAAGGUAGUUCUGUGUGGUGGGUCUGCUCGAAUCCCAAAGCUCCAACAGCUGAUUAAAGACCUUUUCCCAACUGUGGAAUUGCUGAAUUCGAUUCCUCCAGAUGAGGUCAUUCCCAUCGGAGCAGCCAUAGAAGCGGGAAUCCUGUUAGGGAGAGAGAACCUCUUGUUAGAGGAGGAAGCACUGUCUAUCGAAUGUUCUGCCAAAGAUAUUCUUGUGAAGGGAAUAGAUGAGUCGGGGUCUGACACAUUCACAGUACUGUUUCCAUCGGGGACCCCAUUGCCAGCACGAAGGCAGCACACACUACAAGCCCCAGGAAGCAAUUCCUCUGUAUGCCUCGAACUGUACGAGUCUAUAGGGAAAUGCCUUGCAAAAGAGGAGGACAAAUUUGCACAGGUUCUACAGAAAUCUCUGAAAAUUGCCUCUGAAUAACUUCCCGUAAACAUAUCACUAAAGUUUGAAGAAGAAGAAUCGUAAAAAUGGAAUAAACCUUUCAGCUAGCACCCUUCUCACCUUGAAUCCCCAGAUUUUAUUUUGUAUAUAUGUAUGAAUCCCCAAAUUAUUCAUGUAGCUGGACUGGAAACAGUCCUGUCUAGGCUGGCAAUUUAGUGCAUUAAAAGUGAGAACUUCAGGUAGGAGUAUUGAUGCCAGUAGUGUACAGAAUGCCACAGUGCCUUGUUAAAGUCCAUGUAGUCUAGAUAGGAUCUUAAUAUGACAGACCACUGUAAUAUACAUGGUACUCAGUCCAUAAAGUCCAUUUGAUAUUCACUGGUUAAGGAGGAGAUGGAAGGCAACCUUCUAUGAACAACGUUGAUGUGCUUCAGAGGGAGAUAUGACCAGAUCUUACGCAACCACAAUGAGAAUUGCUCCACGAUGGAAAAUGUGCCACCCCCAAAAAAUAGCUCUUUCCAAAGGAACUUCUGCACACUACUGAUAGUUUGUCCGUCUGAAGUUUCCAUUCCCUUUUAGCAAGAGAUAAAGGGUUGCAACAAGUUAGGCAUGGAAAGGGAGUUUGGUCCCAAGGAAAUAAACAUGUUCAGCUCCCAGUGAGGUUAGCGGCAGCAGUUGUAGGUGCUCUGUUCAUUUCCAGGAUAGAUGGACUUGCAUUAUCAACCUGUUUUACAGCCCUCCAUAUGUUUAAAUUACCAGUAACAAAUUCUGAAAAGAGGACCAUUCAAUUUACCUGCUGUAUCUACAACUUCCAGAUUAUUUUUGCAAAAUGGUAUUCCUAUGGGAAGAAGACUGAAAUCCUGAAAAUCAGUGGGCGUAUUUAGACAAGACAUUUUACUGUGAAGCUGCCUAAUUCGCUCUGCAGUAAAUGUCUCAGUGUUUUACAUGUGUGGCCCUAUUAGGCCACAGCAAAUAGAAAUACCAUCCAGCUGCACUGUGGUUUUUUACUUCACAGCCACACAGCUAGCCCCACACUGAAGCAUCCUCAUGCCCCAGCCAGACCCUCCACA